UGACGAUAACUUUAUCAAUUUGUAGAAAUUAUCCAAGUUCGUUGUUUAGUGUUUUUUUUUUUAGUUUAACGUCUUUUAGUAAUUACCAUAGUUUUUUAUGGUUAAUGUGCUGCCGUUGAAAUUAAGCGUUAUCCGCGUCUUUGGAUCUAUUGAAAAUCUUCGAAAUUUAUAUGUGCACAUAGUUAAUUGGUAGUCACAGACUCUAGAGCCCUUUCGAUCCAACGAUGCAAUGCAAAACAAAAUUAAAACGUCGACUUCGAUGUCGAAAUCUGCGUAAUAUAGCUUUAGGUCUUUUGCUGCUCACAUUGAUUAUUAAUGUCAAUGGGCAAGAUGAACCUGAAGGUGAACCCGACGGUGAACCCGAUCCUGAUGGUGAUCAGAAGCCUGAUGCCACUGUGCCGAAUGGCGAUCAAGCUGAUGCAACAACCACGAAACCUGGUGACGGUGGUAAAGGACGUGAUGAUAUCUAUAUGCGUAGCGAUAAUCAUGGGACCACACAUGAAAAGCUGGGACAGGCGCACUAUCCCACAGUGGAUCUCACUGCAUAUCAGUCUCAUGCGAUUUAUGCAGCGGAUAAAAAUUACACCACUUGGCCCAUGCAUCCUGCGUAUAAUAUUACACAUUGCAUAUUCGACUCGUUGAUCAGCCGUAAGCCAGCUUUGCCCUCUGGCUAUUUGGUGGUGAAGAACGACAGCACUUUGGCUUUGGGUCCCAAGGUAGAGGAGAAUGAAUGGAGUCAUUUGCUGUCCGAGUAUUUUCUGCUUAUCAUAUUUGUUUUCUUUCUGCUGCUGCUAGUUAUUCUAAUGCCAUUCAUUGCUGUUUGCUAUUGCUGCUUCUGUUGCUGUCGCCGCUGCAAGCUCGGAUGUCCUCCAUGUGAUGGACCCAAGGAUAAACGCAGUAACCUUAUAUGCAGUAUAAUUCUAGUGAUAUUGCUCAUACUUUUAUUCAUCGGUUUGCUGAUGACAUUUGUGGCCACCAGAUUUCUGGAGCGUGGCUUCGAGGAUACGAAGAAUACAAUGCAGCGUGGCAGCCAGGACACGUGCACGUUUCUGCAGGAUGUUUCCAAUCACAUUCAUCAUGUUUUGGUCUACAACUACGAAGAAUUGGAAGCGCACUUCACUGAGAUACUAAAUGAGGCUUCUAGUCACAUAUUCCUGGACUUGGCGGAUGCCUCAGAGAGUAACGCAAUUGCCGAGGUCGAACGCAUUAUCCAUAACAUGGCCGAGGCAAGUAGAAUAUUACAAGAAGUCGAGGUCAUGGAAAACGAUUUGCGCUUCAAUAUUGCCAUGCUUCGAGAUGGCUUACGAGGUCUGAAACGCGAUGUGAUUUACAGUUGCGUCAUGUUGUUAUCACACAAAACAUGCGAGAGUGUGAUAUUCAGUAAGCUGCAGUUCCUGGAUACCUCAAUCUGUCUCCAUUUGGAUAAGCUGCCAAGAACUCAAGUAUUUAUUGAUGCCAUUGAUAAGAUCCUAAAGAGUGAUCUGGACGCAGUACCAAAGAGAGCUUUGGCUCGCUUCCAGGAGGUGGGCCAUAAAAUCUCAGUGGCCAUGGAAACAGCUGUGCCGCCGCUGCGCAUGGACAUCAGUCGUGGACACGAUAUCUUCCAGAAGGAGGCGAACAAAAUUCGCCACUAUGUCGAUGCACUAAUCAGUGACAUACACUUUAGAACGCUGGAAUCCACCAAAUCUUUUGAGGAUAUGCACGAUAAAUUGGGCGCCGAUCGCAACGCCAUCAGCAUGAUUGCUUGCUUAUUUAUUCUGAUCAUCUGGCUUGCACUGGUUGUUGCGCUGAUUUUCAGUUUUUGCCUCAACAAGCUGACCGGAACUUACUUUCUCUUGUUCGCCAUGAUACUCAUAUUCAGCGUAUUCUCGUUGUUCUUGCUUAUGGUUGUGUUCUACUUUAUAAUCGGUCUGAUCAGCUAUCAGGGCGCUUGUGCUCCGCUGCGCGAUCACGAGGGAAACAUGCUCUUCAGUCAGCUGGACUCGGAAAUGGAUCUGUUACGAUUCUUGCCCGCCUCGGGGGCGGACAGAGAUGCGCCGGUGCCGAUGCGCAUGUCGAAGACGAUUAAAGCCUGCAUGGCCAAUCAGACAAUCUUUCAAUUGCUCAGGGACAGUGGUAUCUAUAACGCUAACGAGCUAAUGUUCAUCAGAGUCAUGUCCGAAGACUAUGACGAUGAGAAGCAUGGUCUCAAUUUCGAGGAUGAUUUGGCCGAUGUCUUUUUGCUCACCCCAGCCGAAAAGUUGGAGCUCGAUGAUAUGCGUAGUGGCAAUUUAUCCGGCUACAGCAGCACCAGCUAUCGGGAACGCAUGUGCACACCACUCACUCCCAAUUUGAAGGAGAUACAGAAGGCACUUAAUGAUCUCGCCGAUACGAUUAAUCCGCCCACCGAUCAAUGGCUCGAUUUUAAUCGUGUCGGUCGCGUCUCGUUGAAGAACGAGGCAAUGCAUCUGUAUCUCUAUGAGCAGAAAUAUGCUGUCCAAGCUUUGAAACUAAUCGAUGCCAUGAACAAAAAGUUAGCGCAAGUCGACGAGCUCAUUUUGUAUGAGAAUCGCAAUUUUAGCAAUUCCAUUGAUGUGCUUGUCAAUGCGAUUGUGCGCUCCGAGCACUUCUUGGAAACCCAGGGCACUCAGUUCAUUAAUUUGCUUGGCGAAAAUCUUACAGAUGUGCUGAAUCUGCAGAUAGAGCAAUUUCUCGAGGCUGCAGCACAUGAAUGCAUGACAAACGUCGGACGCUGCGCUCCACUCGCUUACAUCUAUUAUCGUGGUGUCGAUCAAAUCUGUUAUCGUCUUGUUGAUCCUAUGAAUGCUUUCUGGUUGGGUCUGUUCAUCUGCUGUUUGACCUUUAUUCCCAUUCUGUUUGUGUGUCAUCGUUUAAUGUGCCUGUGGAAGCGUCUGCACUCCUAUAGAGUUGCGCCUGUUGCUGCCGUUCUGCCAGUUGGAGGCUGUCCAACUUGCACUGGCGCUCCGUAUGUGCCGCCGCCCAUCAUCACGUGCACUGGCGGCAACGAAACCUUCUGCGUCUGCAGCGAGGGACGAUUGAAUCGCACUGAUGGCGGUGCAGCUCCUAGUGAAAGUACCAUAAAUGCCAAUGCCAAUGACAACGAAGUUAUAACCGAGGAUGCCAAUAAAGAAGCUAUUCCAGUUACAUCGAUUGCCGUUAUAAGUGCUCCGACUGUGGCUGCCAAACCAAGCAAUAAGCGCAAAGAGGAUUAGAUUAUUGCAAGUGCCAAAGUAUUGUUUAAAACGUUUUACGAGUACUUUUAAACAUGUUAAAGAAACCUCUGAAA